GAACAAGUUCUCAACUUUGCUACUCUUUAGCACUGAACAAUGCCACACGCACACUCACCGCCGCAGACAGCACUGCAAAACAUACCCAAGGUAGUGGUGCGUCCAGCCUGGGAGAACAUUGUCGCUUGUUCCUACUUACCAAAGGGAGUUAUUUUUUUUGUUGCGCACCCGUUCCUCUACCCGUUACUGAAGGCUCGCCUUCUUCCUGCCUUCCUGCUGAGUGCCUUUAUCAUCCUGAACCUGUUCUUUUGGACCUAUCUCCCACAAGUCGCAUUUCUUGCGUUAUUCCAACACAAUGGGAGUGCAUGGGUCAACGGAACCUUUCUGGUCUUGGGCGAAGGAGCUGCUGUAGUAGCAAUACUGUUUGAGUCGUUCCUGGUCGACGAAUCGCAAGUGGACAUAUUCGAUGCCGUUCUGGUCUACAAGGGCUACGAGGACCUGGUCCGCCAACAUCGACCUGUCUCCGAAGACUCUCUAAAUGACCCUGUCCGCCGCCUCGGCAAGCCUGCGCGGUCGUGUGUCUACGCGCCUUUCUCGUUUCGCCAGAUUGCAGAGUUCAUACUCUUGUUGCCAGUUAACUUUGUACCAUAUAUUGGGGUUCCAAUAUUUCUCCUGCUGACAGGAUAUCGUGCGGGACCUUUCCAACACUGGAGAUAUUUUCAGCUACUUGGCUACGAUCGCAAGCAGCGGAACGGACAUGUGUCGCAGAGACGGUGGCAGUACACCUGGUACGGCACUGUUUAUCUGUUCAUGCAGCUGGCUCCUCCCUUCAGUAUGUUCUUCUUGAUGACAGCGGCGGUCAGUUCAGGGCUGUGGGCGGCGGACCUGGAGAGAACGCGAAGGGGGCAGGAGGCGCAGAUCACACAGUCUCCCGAGUACACGGACGAGCCAGAUGCCACCGUGUGAUGGUCGCUGCGUUGCGCCUGCGAUGUAUUUACAUAGUCUUUGAAGCAAUCCUAUCCUGAAGAUGC